AUGCUCCCCGAUCCCGCGAUGCACUUGGGCGGCGAACAGCAGCCGCCGGCGGCCCUGCGCACACACACCAACGGAAUUGAGGCCGCGCGAUCGCGAACGGCCAGCAGCCCGGUGCGAACGUGGACGGAACAGCAGCAGCUCCUCAACGGCGGCGGCAGCUUGAAGAAGGGCGUCGCCGACCGGGGGCGGAGCGACACGCCUCGUCCGGAUCCUGUGCCGCCGCCAUACUUCCAGCCGCAGCAGCAACAGCAGCCCACACCGCCGCUUCACGACGAACAGCAGGAGCAGGAGCAGCAGCAGCAGCAGCAUCACCCCCGACCUCUACGGCCGCAGACAAAGUCUCGACGAGGGAGCUCCAACGCCAAGCCCGGCUCUACAGACAACGUCCCGCGCCUGCCCGCCUCGGAGAUCCAGGAGCUCAUGUCGUCGCCGCAGUCGCUGCCGAUCGGCCCGGCGCCGCCCAGUGCCCGCCCGUCGUUUGACCACGGCAAGUUCUCACAGCAAAAGGAGGCCAUUCGCCAGUCCCUGCUCGCCCAGCCGGAGCUGCGCACCUCGCGCGACGGCGGCCACCACCAGUACCAGCAGCAACAGCAUAGUCACAGCCACCACAUGUCUAACGGACUGGGCAUCUACGAAGGACGCGGCGCCGACGCGCGCAACGCACGCACCGAGAUGGCCCCGCGAUCCGGGUCUCCGCGCACCGUGUCGACCCCCCCCACGGGACGCGCCAAGAUCUUUGACCUCCCUCCGUACUCGGCCGUCAUGCCCCGAUCCGCGAUGCCGGCACAGCGCCCACCACCGUUGAACCUGCACAUGGAUGACGCUGGCGGCAUGGAGAAGCUUCCAAACGGCAUGCUGCCCUCGCCGGCCAUUAAGACCGGACCGGCGGCAGUGACAUCCUCCAUCAUGUCGGAGCCCAAGGGCGCAAGCAGCAGCCGCGCGCCGUCGCCUAUGCCGCCCAUGAUACCGCUGCCGCCCAUGUCACUGCCGACGCAUCUGCAGCUCGAGCUUGCGGCGCAGCGGCCGAGCCCGCUCUACAUCCACCACUCCCACACGAGCGACAUGCCAUACGAAUCGAGCGCCGUCAAAUUUGAGCGACUGCGCAGCGUCAUUCUCCUGCCGGCCUAUCUCGAACGAACACUAUACUUUGGCGCGCUGGCGUGUCUCGACGCCUGGCUUCACACAUUUACCAUACUCCCGAUCAGGUUCUUCAUGGCCAUCGGCGUGCUGGUCCGCUGGUGGGUGUACAUUGUCUGCAAGGAAACAAAGUGGCUGCUGGGCUUCGUCUGGGAUGGCAUCGGUCGUCUGUGGCGGCGAGGACGAGCGACCAGAGGUCGCACAGUCAGUGAAGCCACGAGCGCUGGCGACCGGUCGCGGAGUAUAAGUCGAGCCAGCGAAGCUGCGGAUGCACAAGGCGACGGGCAUGCACAGCGACGCACCUCUACGCAGCACCGCGAGCAGCAAGGCCCCGGCCCCAAAUCAGGCAGCUUUCGCCAUCGCCGCACAAAGUCGAUGCCCUCCAACCUCUCGACCUACCACAAGGCCGACCUGCUCCAGGGUGCCGUCAUCCUCUGCAGCUCCUUUGCGCUUAUGAAGCUCGACGCCAGCCGCAUGUACCACUUUAUCCGCGCGCAGUCGGCCAUUAAGCUCUACGUCAUCUUCAACAUCCUCGAGGUCGGCGACCGCCUGCUCUCCGCCAUCGGGCAGGACAUUCUCGAGUGCCUCUUCAGCUCCGAGACGCUGUCGCGGAACGCGUCGGGCCGAUCCAAGAUUCUGCUCCCGCUCGGCAUGUUCCUCCUCGCGCUGGCGUACAACUGCCUGCACUCGAUCGCGCUCUACUACCAGGUCAUCACGCUCAACGUCGCCGUCAACUCGUACUCGAACGCGCUGCUGACGCUGCUGCUGUCGAACCAGUUUGUGGAGAUCAAGAGCACCGUCUUCAAGCGCUUCGAAAAGGACAACCUGUUUCAGCUGACGUGCGCCGACAUUGUAGAGCGCUUUCACCUCUGGAUCAUGCUGCUGAUUAUUGCCAUGAGGAAUAUCGUCGAGGUUGGCGGCUUUUCGGUCCCCGGCGCAGGGUUUGGCGAGACGGACAUUGAUGGCAACGGCAGCGGUGUGCCGUUGCACCACCCCUCCAUUCUACCGCAUAGCUUCACGGCAUUGCCAUCCUGGCUGUGGUCCGGCGAGGUCCUCUCGCCGUUUCUGAUUGUCGUUGGCAGCGAGAUGCUGGUAGACACCAUCAAGCAUGCCUACGUCGGCAAAUUCAACAACAUCAAGCCACACUUUUACUCACGCACAUUAGACAUCCUAUGCAAGGACUACUACACUCAUGCCUUUACCAGCCCCUCCCUCACCCGCCGUCUCGGCCUCGCCGUCAUCCCGCUGUCGUGCCUCUUCAUCCGCGCCUCCAUCCAGACCUACCACAUGUUCCUCGCCACCUACCUCCCCAUGCCGCUGCCACAGCAGUCGACGCAGACGUCGCUCGCCGAGGAGUCGGCGCGGCCCUCGUCGCCCGCCAUGAUGGCCGCGCUGAACCGCUUCGACGCGCUGAUCCGCGACUCGCUCGGCCGCGCCACCUACGGCGCGCCGCUCCACGCCCGGCCCUGGUUCGCCUGGACGUCGGACGACCUCAUCGCCGCCCUCACCAUGGUCGUCGUCUUCUUCAUCGCCUUUCUCGUCCUCCUCAUCCUCAAGCUGCUCCUCGGCAUGGCCCUCCUCAAGUACGCCCGCGGCCGCUACGCCGCCAUGAAGCACAAGGAGCAGCUCGUCGCCCGCGGCGUCGUCGAGCGCGAGUCGUACGACGCCAAGGGCCGCCGCGUCGGCGGCCGCGGCGAGAUUGAGCUCUCGGACGACAGGCAGCGCUGGAUCCACGCCGACAAGACCGAGGGCCUCAAGGGCGGCAAGGGUCCCGGCGGCAGGAGGCCGGGGGAGGAGAAGAAGCAGCCGGCGCCCGAACCGGAUUAUAAUGGCGUCUUUCGCUACGACAUGGUCAACAAGCGCAUCUGGUAA